AUUGGACCGGUGCGGGGCUGCAGGACGGGUCCGCAGCACCGGGACAAAACAAAACCUCCAUUCAGGAUGGACGGAACUACCGACACCGGGAACAAGAGGAAAAUACCAUGAGAAAACCACCGGUGACCGCAGAGGAUUUGUUUUCUCAUUAAAAUGUUACAUUUUUUCUCCAUGCAUCAGCCAGCUCUAUCCGGGCUUAUGUGGCUGAAUAUUCACUCAUUCCAAGACUCAGUCAGACACGAGAAGAGGACAGUAUGGACUGACUGAGAGAGUCGGAGCACUCGAACACAGAUGAGUCACCUGUGAGUGGCAGAUGAUGUAACCACGUCUAGAACAGAGUCUUCCAGCCGACCAUGGAGCUAAUUGGAACAACAGAAAGGGAAAGAGUGCUUUUUAUACGUUGUUGACACUCGUUCAUUCAUUUUGCCGAUGACAAAACAAGUUGAAGUCUCAGACAGUUGAGAAGCAAUGACCUAAUUCAGAUUAAAUGACCUCACACUGAUAAGUAGCCGCCUCCUCACUGGGUGAUGGAACAUAAUCACAAAUGGACUCUUAUCAUUGAGGCUGGAGAGGGUGAGGUUACAUGAUAUUUCUGUGUGUACAGCUCUUUAACUCAGAGGAGUGAGUUUUGAUGCUACAUGCGGUGAUGUUGCGGCGUGGACUGCUAGCCUGGGUGUCCCGUGUUGGAGGCAUUCUGGUGCUCCUCUGCUGCUCCCUGUCACUCCUCUAUGUGAUGACGUGCAGCCCUCCGCACUCUGAUGACCCUCCGUUGAGUCACCGUGCUGGAUCCAACCACCCCAGCCUUGGAGGUACAGGUCCGGGUAUUGGAGCAGGAGCUGGUGGGCCAGGAGGAGCCGGAGCUGGGCCUGCCCAAAGCGGCGGCCCACCAGGUGUCCACUCUUACCAGGUGCUCCUCCAAGAACGUGAGGAACAGCAUCGCCUACACAUCUCCUCUUUGAAGAAGCAGAUAGCUCAGCUGAAGGAGGCAUUGCAGGAGCGCAGCCAGCAGCUGAAAGGAGUGCAGGAAAGCCUAAAAAGAGUUGCUGGGGGCCCAGCAGAGGGGCACGAAGUAGGAGCUGGAUUACAAGGAGGUGGCCUUGGAGAAGCUCAGGGAGCCAAGAGCCAGCAGACGGACCUCCAAGAGUUCCUGAGGGGCCAGCUGUCAAAAGCUGAGGUGACUGCUGGCACCAGGUUGCCCAGCGAGUACGCUGUGGUGCCGUUCGAGAGCUUCACCCUUCAGAGGGUCUACCAGCUGGAGAUGGGGCUCACACGUCAUCCUGAGGAGAAGCCAGUGAGGAAGGACAAAAGAGAGGAGCUGGGGGAGGUCCUGGAGAUGGCUCUGCACAGCCUCAACACACCUUCAUCCCAGCAGGACGGCAGGAGAGCAGCGGACAAGACUCAAACCAGCAAAGUCUACACCCCGUCUGACUUCAUAGAAGGUAUCACUCGCACAGAGAGGGACAAAGGGACACUGUACGAGCUGACCUUCAGAGGGGAGUCGAGUAAUGAAUUCAAACGUCUGGUCCUCUUCCGGCCCUUCGGACCGCUGAUGAAGGUGAAAAAUGAGAAGGUGGACACAUCCAGUGUUCCGAUCAACAUCAUCGUCCCGCUGUCCAGACGCACAGACAAGUUCAAACAGUUCAUGCACAACUUCAGGGAAGUCUGUGUGCGUCAGGACGGCCGGGUCCAUCUGACAGUGGUGUAUUUUGGGAAAGAGCAGAUGAGCGAAGUCCGCAGCACUCUGGAGAACACAUCCAGGUGGGUUGGAACAGCAGCCAAGAUCAGAUUUUUGAAUUAGAGGCCAAACACAGAAUAUGAGAUGCAAUUUAUGUAAUGAAACGAAAGCUGCCGCAGUCACGCACCCUCUCGCAGACGCCGUAAAAACAUUUUUCGCUAUUUCCA